CUCCACCUCUGAUCCCUCUCUUUCUCUUCCUCUCCAUCGGUUGCAGACUGGGGAAGAAGAAAGUCCAAAACCCAUCAUCAAGGGAUUGACUAAUCUUUUCCAUCAACCCCCGUGUAAAAACACUGCUCUCUUCCUUGCCAUCUUUUAAUACUUUCUUCUGUGUAAGCCUCCAAGUACCUACUCUUUCCUCCCCUUCUCUCGCUGUCUCUCUUGUUUUGCCCGACUAGAUUUUUCUUUUGCCAUUGAAGAAGAGAGAUCAAAGAUGCCAAGGCCAGGCCCUAGACCUUACGAGUGUGUAAGAAGAGCUUGGCAUAGCGAAAGACACCAACCCAUGAGAGGUUCCAUCAUUCAACAGAUUUUGAGGCUAGCUAUGGAAACUCAUUGCACGGCUACUAAGAAGAACAAGGAAUGGCAAGAUAAAAUAUUAACUGUCAUCUUCAAAGCUGAGGAGAUUAUGUAUUCCAAAGCCAAUUCUGAGGCUGAAUACACGAACCCGGAAACCCUAUGGGACCGUGUUAAUGAUGCCGUCAACACGAUUAUCCGUCGAGAUGAGAGCACUGAAACAGGGGAGCUUUUGCCACCUUGUGUUGAAGCUGCCCUUAAUCUGGGGUGCUAUCCGGUGAGAGCUUCAAGGAGCCAACGACACUGUCAUCCUAGGACUUAUCUUACUCCAAGAGCACCCGAACCUGUCCCUGCAGUGCCUAGGAUUUUGGAUAAAGGCAGUGAGGAAUGGUGUCCUCAGUUAUCGCCAGUUCAGCCAGGCAGUCAAUUUGCAAGAAUAGCAACCAAAGUGAAUUCAAAUGUUUCGGUUUCGCAAACUAACCUUCAUGGUUAUCCAUUUCUGUCUGAAAAUGGUCCAUCUGGCAGUGGCCAACUGAUGAGGAAAGAAACCAACACCCCACCAAACUUGGGUCAAGCUUACCCCCUGUACUAUGGAGUUCACUAUCAAAAUGUAGAACUCCAUACAGGUUCCCCUGUUCAGGAAAAUAUAGUGCCUGAUAUGAUAAUUGUUGGGAGACCUAUGAUUUUUUUUUCUUCUGAUGCCGAUGUUGGUGGUAAGAGAAUUGGACAGCAAGAUGUCGGGCACACCCACAAUAAGUCAUUUGCAAAAGAAUGUGAUUUGUCCUUGCGGCUGGGUCUAUUUUCUGACCCUUGUAUGCAAGUAGGAAAGAAUUAUAUUUGUGAAGCCAAAGACGUCGGUCCAAGCUGCGCUCAAGGCGGGAGCAAACUUAAUGAUGCUUUUCAACAAACGAGUAAAGAGUUCCGUUUUUUCCCAGAGAGGACUGUUAAUGACCAUUUUGUUUCAUCUUCAAGAAAGUGCUUCAUGGAAAAUGAAGAUAACAAUUUUGGGGCACAGUGA